AUGGAUGCACAGAGUGGUCAGCGAGAUCGACAGAUGUAUUCGAGGGACUGGUGGAAGUUACAACAUGUUGUCGCACAGGGCAAUCACUCUGAACAAUGGAAUUUGGCGCUCGAGAUCAGGGAGAAGCUUGAAAGAUAUGACGAUGCCCUUCUCCGAUAUCACCAAAUAUCUACAACUUUGGCAAGGCCGAGGCGCAUCGAUGUGGAUAUACUAGCUAAAAACCUCACUGACCCAAGCUUACCCGACGACUAUCUCUUGGGACUCGAUAAAUCCAUCUGGAAAGAUGAAAAAUUGAGAGAAGAUUUGAUAUCCGUCAACCCGGUUCAUGAUUUCAGUAUUAUUACAAAAUCGCUGAUAAAGACAUGCCUGCGUCCUUACCAUAAUGUGCUGGGACAUCGGAGCAGGGCUCGGAAGAGUAGCCAAGUGAAUGCGGACGCCGACCUCCAUCAUUAUGAAGAUGAGCAUUUGGAGCGAGCCGCGGACGUCAUCAGCACAGUGGUUGCUUCAAUACUACCAGUGGUAGCAAUCGUUGUGCUGUAUAUCGUUCAUCCAAUGCCGGCCAGAUUGGGUUUGAUUGCAGCAUUUACUGCUACCUUCUAA